AUGUAUAUUAGGUCCAAAUGGUAUUCUUAUUUCAUUCCUACGACAUUCAUCAGUAUUGGAUUAUUUGUAAUCGCAAGUGUUAUUGUACUUUCACUUCUUCCUUUAUAUAUUCCAACGAGAAAUUUGUCAAUUGAAGAUUCAUAUAGUUCAUUACUUAAUCUCAAUUACAAUAUACCACGAUCUCUUGUACCCGAAUUGAGUGGAAAUACGAUGGUCUUACGUACGGGUAAUUUAACCGAUGAUCGGAUAAAAAUCUUUGAAAAUAUUUUACAAAAUAAAUUAUCUUCAAAUAAAAAUUUUCAAAAGCUUCGUAUUAAUGUUAAUCAAGUUAAUAUUCAAUCGAUGACAAAUAAUCGUCGUCGUCGUCGUGCAGCUGAUCAACGUUCUUCAAAAGCAAAUAAUGUUAUUAUCUAUCAACAAUCAGAUAUGAAUUCAACGGAAUUUGAUCAAUUAAAAAUAUUUUUUCGAUUGAUUCGUCGUGGACAUUUAACAGAAAGUUUCAUUUCAAAUGUUCUCAUUAAUAUUUUUAAUCAAAUUGAAUUUAAUGUAACAACAUUUCUCACAUUAUUUGGCGAAGAUCCAACUAUCAGUUUAUCAUCACGUACAAUUAGUUCUCAUGUGAAAGAUAGUGAAAUCAUAAAAUAUAAUGGUGUUCGUGUCUUUGGUAUGAAAGAUUAUACAGGAAAUAUUCAAAAUAUUUAUGCAAUUCAAACAAAUAAUACAAUUUAUCGAAUUAGCAAUGGUCAAAUUGUUCAAAUACGAUCUUUAAAUGAAACAUUGGUUUUUAAUUAUGAUAAUAAUAAUAAUCAAUAUAAGAUUUUACUUGUUUUAACAAAUAAUUCUUAUGAAAUUUCAAAGACUUAUGACAAAGUGAAUAUAACAUUUCCAUCACCAAUAUUUAAUUAUCCUCUAAAUGAAACAGUACCAAAAAUCUUCACAGGAAUUCUUCUUGAAUUAAAUAAUAAAAUUAAUAGUCGAACAAUCGAUGAUGCAACUUUAGUUUUGAAUUAUUUCGAUGUUAAUCAAAAUGAGAAAAGUGAUGUGAUGUUAACAAUGAAUGGUGGAAGAUAUUUCCUUCCACUACCAAAUAAUGAUGAUUUAUUUGAAAAAUAUUUUAAUUCAAAUAAAUUUCUGACAACAAUAACUGAACAAAGUGAUGCAUAUUUACAAUUAUUUCAAUCUUAUCCAAUUGUUGAUAUUUGUUCAAAAGUUCCCGAUGUUUCCAAAUCAUUUUGUUCAAUUCUUAUUCAAGAAAUGACUGUGACAAUACCUGAAGCUCUUCGUUUUGCAUCAAAAAAUAUUUCGACAUUUCAUCUUAAAUCUCAAUCAUUUGGUCAAAUGACAAAUUUCACAGUAACUGCUUUUGUUCCCGGUCAACAAUCACUCACAAUACCAUUGAAUUCAUCUAAUAUUAUUAAGGGUAAAUCAACAGCAAGAAGUGCAAUUACUAUCGAUCCAAAUCAAUUAAACACAAUUUCUAUUCAAAUUAUUGGUACUCGUGGUCAAUGUAAUGAACAAACAGUCGCUGGAAAUGACAUUCCGGACGAUCGAAUUAUUGAAAUUGGUAAAUCCCAUACAACAGUAACAUUUUCUUAUGAAACAUAUGUAAUUAAAGAUCAAAUUGAAGUUUAUUACAUGAAUAAACAAAUCUUUUCAACUGGAUGUGUUGGUGCAAAUGGGAAAAGUUCAUUUAAUUUAGAUGGUGAUGAAAGUACAUUGAGAGUAAAUGUUAUCCCAGAUUGUGCAGGUGAAACGGGAACUGCGUGGUAUUAUUCGUUUCAAUGUACAAAUCAAUUGAUUUGUGAAGAAAAUUAUUGUUAUUGUGGAUUAAAUCAUCAAAAUUCUCAACAAAUCAAACCUCCUCAAACAAAUGGAUGUGGAGGAGAAGGAUCAGCGUGGAAUUUUAUUAUUUAUUCUUUAGGAGGUUUAUGGGGAUUUACACCUGCUUGUAAUGCUCAUGAUGAAUGUUAUGGAACAUGUAAUAAUCAUCGAGAUAUGUGUGAUAUGAAUUUUCAAGCAGAUAUGACUUCGAUUUGCUCGAAAUUUCUUCUUCUUCCUCCUUUAUUUCCUAAUUGUCAAGCUUGGGCUGAAGUAUUUUAUCUCGCCGUACAUUUCGGCGGAGCUAAUUUCUUUAUUCCUGCUCAAGAACAAGAUUGCAAUUGUGUCUGA